CGCAUCAUCACCGCGUCGUCCUUCGACUCUACCGCAAUCCAAGGCAGUGAUUGUCCCUCUACGCUCGCACCUCACGCGGUACUCAACUACAUACACCUGCGAUUGCAAUAGACUGAUUUGGACGCGCAGCCACGCGAUAUGGCGCCUCGAAGUCGGCGGAGCGCCGCUGCUGCGACUGAAGUUGCGGAAGAGGAGGAGCAAGAACAAGGGCAGGAUGGCUUCAAGAAGCUAAAGUUUAAACAGCCGCUCGUGGGACGGCCGGGAAAGCAGAUUGGCGUUGGCGAUCUCUUGACGCGAUUGAAGGCGCUGUUAGAUGAGCUACGGACCAUAAGUCAAGAGGAGGCACAUCGGGAUUCGCUCAUGCCAGUCGCGCAGGAACUGGCGCAUCAGAGCCUGUUGCAGCACAAGGAUAAUGGAGUUCGCGCAUGGACAAUCUGCUGCAUAGUCGACAUGCUCAAGCUGUUCGCACCUGAUGCGCCAUACCCAGGAUCUAAGCUCAAGGAGAUCUUCUCAGUCAUCAUUCUCAAGAUGAUGCCCCUCCUCUCUGACCCCUCACACCCGUACAACAGCCAGCACAUGUACGUGCUUCGAUCGCUCUCGGAAUGGAAGAGCAUCCUUCUCAUCAACGAGAUUCCUGGCUCGGACCAACUCACGUCCGCCCUUUUCACUACGUGCUUCGAUGUGCUGUCCGGACCGUCAAAGAGCGAAAGUGGCGAGGAGCUGAACAAGAACGUGGAACACAACAUGACCGAGGUUCUGUCCAACAUUAUCGACGAAGCGCCGGCAGUGACACAUGAUGUGGUCGAUGUCGUAGUUGCCCAAUUUCUAUGGGCAGAUCCGAUAACACUAGGAGGCUCUGCAAAGGGCAAGAAGAGCGCACAGCUAGAUGCAAAGCAAACAACCCUCCGCCGCAAGGAGGCGCCGCCUGCAUACAAUAUGGCCAAGAACAUCUGCAAUGCGUUUCCGGAGAAGAUGGCGCGCUUAAUUGGCAACUACUUCAGCUCAGUCAUCGUCGACUUCACCAACUCGGGUGGCUCAUUUAAAAAACAUGCGCGGGAUGACGAAGACGAAGGUCCCAAAGGUCCCUCUGACGAGGACAUUGACGAGGCGAACAAAGCCCACAGGCUGCUUCGAGAACUAUGGAAAUGCUGUCCCGGCGUCCUCCAAGAGAUCAUUCCGCAUCUGCAGGAUGAACUUGGUACAGAGAGCGUGCAGCUUCGUCAGCUCGCGACCGAGACGUUUGGCGAUAUGAUAUCCGGUAUUGGUGCGGCUGGCCCGCCCCCGCUGCCUGAGCUGGACCCAGUAGCAUAUCCUUCACAAAGUUUAUCGCGCCUUGAGUCUACGCAACCUUUCGAUUUUCUUACUACGCCUGCUUCCAUCAACUCAUUUCCUACUCAAUACCCCGUCGCAUAUCACGCUUUCCUGCAGCGCAAAAACGACAAAUCAGCUAUCAUACGAGCUUCAUGGACUACCGGCGUAGGCCGCAUACUUAUGACAUCGGCCGGCGGGAUUGGGCUUGACCCUGAAGAGGAGCAAAAACUACUGAAGUCUUUUGCAGAGUGUCUCAUUGACAGUGACGACAAAGUGCGGUUGGCGGCAGUCAAAGCCGUUGAGCACUUCGAGUUCAACGACAUUGUUAGCAAAUUAGGCAGCAACGGCAGCAUGUCUGAAUCGGGAUCAAUCCUUUCCAACCUUGCAGACAGAGUCAAAGACAAGAGGAACGUUAUUCAUUCCACGGCCAUGAGUCUUCUCGGUAAGAUUUGGGGUGUCGCCGCCGGCGCCAUUGCAGAAGGGGACGACACCAUUAAGAAUCUGCUUGGACCAAUACCGACACGCAUUUUCGAAGCGUGCUAUGUUAAUGAUCUAGAAAUCAAUGUUCAGGUCGACCUAGCGCUAUACACCUCUCUGCUGCCGCUCGGCUAUCCACCAAUGAAGGCGAAAGCAGCCGCAAGUGGAAACUCGCAGAUAGUGAAGGAUAGCCAGACGAACGGCGACCAAGGGUACACGGAGGCACACUUGGACAAGAUUCGAGUAGAAAGGCAACUUGUGCUCGUUAACGGCCUGGAAGACAAGGCGAAGAAGGUAUUCUUCGCGAAACAGGGCAGUCAAGGCCCGGCUGCCAUGUGCAUGGAACACUUCCUGAAAUACUGUGAAGAUUAUAACGGUGGUGUUAUUGACAAGGGCGAGAAAGAUGUCAAGACAAAGCUUGAAAGACUCAUUGCCUACUAUGCGAAGUUACUCCCGGACCCCACACGUGUCAUAGAUGAUCUCUGGAAAUUUGCGAAGGCUCACGACCGCCGGGCUUAUACACUAAUUCGGUUUUGUAUGGACCCUACGAGCGACUAUCGACGGGUGUUUAGAUCAAUUAAAGAAUUGACAAAACGGUUUGAGGGUGGGCCCGGCCCUUCUCUGCUCGAAACCUUGACCCCACUCCUGUAUCGGGCCAGCUUACUUUGCUAUAACAAAAGCCAUGUCCCCGCCGUCAUCGAAUUCUCUCGGACCGACGACAAAGGUCUAGGCGCUACUGCGCAUGAACUUUUGAAAGAAAUAUCCACAAAGCAUCCCAAAGUAUUCUCUACCCACGUCAAGGAUCUCUGCAGGACGCUCGAGCAUGAGGCACCCACAGCAACAUCACCAAACCCCCCUGGUGCCGUGGACGACCUCAAGGCAUGCGCUGCAUUUGCGAAGAAAUUUCCAACAGAUAUCCCGAUGAACGCAAAGGACAGUCGUAAAUUGGUUCAAAGCUUCCUGGAUUUUGCGCUCUAUGGCACGCCGCCACAAGCCGCGAAGCAUGCGAUCACUAUUAUUAUGAACAGUGACAACAAGAAGGAGAUGCACGCCAAGGAGAUUCUUGCGAAGAGUAUCAAGUCUUUCACAUAUAAUGGUGAUCACUGGCUCACCAAGCUAGCCGCGCUCAGCCAACUAGUUCUGUUAGCUCAGCCAGAGUGUGAGGAUGAUAUGGAUGUAAUCGUCGAAGUUGCCAUCCAGAAAGUCCUUCAGCAGCCACAUACUGCCACUGCCGAAGCUGACGCGCAGUGGAUGGAAGUGCCAGACCAAGACAUCCAAGGCAGGGCAUGGGCGGUCAAAAUACUCGUGAACCGCCUGCGCUCCCUACCCUCUGAGGCGCCUUUGAAUGAAGCUGUAGAGGACACCUACGCUUUGCUGCACCGCCUCGUCAGGGACAAUGGCGAAGGAUCGGACGAUAACAGCACUCCUCCAGGACACAAAUCCCGUCAGCGGCUCCUUGCAGCUAACUCUUUGCUCAAGCUGUCUUGCAACAAACGCCUGGACAGCUUCUUGACACCCGCAGACUUCAUCCAGUUGGCUUUGGUUACGCAUGAUGUCUGCCCGCAGGUCCGCAAGGGCUUCGCCGACAAGCUGAUGAAAUACCUCGGUCAAGGCCGGCUUCCAGCCCGCUUCUAUGCUAUUCUCUUCUUCCUCGCACACGAACCGGAGAAGAACAUCAAGAACAGCACCAUGACCUGGAUUCGCUCGCGGCGCGCUGCUUUCGCAGCACGGAAGGAGACCGUUCUAGAAACCGUAUUUGCGCGGCUACUUAGUCUACUGGCCCAUCAUCCCGACUUUGACAGGGAAGAUGAGACCUUGAAGCUCAUGUCGGAAUACAUACUGUACUAUCUGAAGUGCGUGGCUACCGAGGAAAACUUGUCACUCAUCUUUCACGUCGCCCAACGCGUAAAAGGCGUCGCAGAAGGUAUCGAGCCAUCACGCCAAGCUGAUGAAAAUCUAUACGUCUUGUCAGACCUAGCCCAAGCACUCAUUCGCGCAUGGGAAGAACAAAAUGGCUGGACUAUGCAAUCAUGGCCUGGGAAGAUGAAAUUGCCUUCUGGUAUCUUUCGGCCUCUGGAGAGCCACGAGCGGGCGCAGGAAAUUGCAAAGAAGACAUGGAUUAAUGAGGACCUCGUCGAGGAACUUGAUUCUCUUGUUCGCAAAGCCAUUCGAAGCAAAAAGCGAAAGGUUAUAGAUGGCGUCGAGAAGCCGCGCAAGAAGGCGAAGACCGAUAGACCAAUCAAGGAAAAGAAGGUCAAGACAGAGCGACCGAUGAAGACACCGAAGAAGAAGCGGAGGACGGGUGGUGACGAAUUUGAGAGUGAUAUUGAUGAGCAGGCCGCUCCUUCGAGGGAACCGCAAAGGAAGAGCGGUCGACAUAGUACGGUUCACAAGAGCUACGUGGAGGAAUCUAGCGAUGAAGAAGAUACUGGACCUGGCGCUCAGCAGGACCUUGAAGAGGACGUCGAGGCAUCCGAUACGGGUGAGAAGCCCACACCUGCUCCAAAGGAAGAUAUUGAAAUGGCAGAUCCGGAGGGUGAAGCCGAGGAGGACCCUGAAGUCGAAGCACAAGAAUCCGAACUUUCGGAUGAGGAGGCAUCACCAGAGCCUGAGCCAGCCAAGAAGGUAGCAAAGGGUAAAAUUGGACGAAAACCCAACGGAGUUCACGUCGAUCAGAAACGCAAAGCUGCUGAGCCAGUCAAGGAAACCACCCUAGCCAAGGCUGCGAAGAAGAGUACGGCAAGGGGCAAAGCGAAGUUGAACGGCACCGCAGGAACGUCCUCGUCGAGCCCUGCUGUCAACCAUGCCGGGUCUGUUCGACGCAGUGGGCGCACUCGAAGCUGAGCGAACCUACAAUUAUCUCACUUUGCGCUUCGACGCUUCAUACGCGUACCCUCUGUCUUAGUCCACAUUCACAUCCUAUGGUUCGCCGGUGGGCGCUCCACGGGGCACAGUUGCGCGCACUGUAUUAUUCGAGGAAUGUUUAGCUAGGCGUCUCCUCCGGUAAUGGGUGGUUUCACUCAAGGGCUUCUUUCUGUGGUUAUGCGCUUGUUGAACUCGCUUUUUGUUCAGAUGCUUAUAUGAUACCUUUGAUUCCACGCUGCACAGUUGUGGGCUUCCUAUCUUCUUAUAUGAGACGAUCUUCUACCACAUAAUCAGCACUUAGGCAAGGGCAGUAGGGUUGAGUGAGUGUAGGAUAUACAAAAUAUAUGAAUGGCUCU